AUGCAUGAAGGUUCGUUUCCGACUGGUCGUUUCCACCUAAAUUUAGAUGCCGUUAAGGAGGAGUGUUCAUCGAACGUGCUUCUUGAUGUUCAGGAGAAAAAUAGUGAGUAUUUGAACAGUGAGGGAACUGCGGCCUAUUGCUUUAGUAAUAUCUGUGAUGAAUAUGCGAAGGAAGAUGGAUUUCCAGAAGUCCUUGAUUUAUCAAGGUAUGAAGUGGAACCUUUGUAUUCAGAAGGAGUUGAGAGUGAUAUCUUUGAUGAUGUGAGUGAAGAAAACGAGAAGCGAAUUAGAAGCUUAACGGACGAAGAAAUAAAAAAAGCCCAACGAGAGAUAUAUGAACGGUUUGUAGAAACUAUUCUUAUUUGCUCGUAUAUUUGUGGCUUUUGGGAUCUGUGUGAUCUUGCAGAUGAGAAAACUGUAAAAUUCUUACUUUCAAGAGGACAAAGAUCUUGUGGCAAGGGGAAGGGAAAAAAAGGAUCUUACUUCAAGGAAUCGCGCCUUCUUGCAACCGCAGCCGCGCCUAUUUCUACUAAAGAAACGGAGGAAAACUCAACUUCAGAAGAAAAAAUUAAGCAACUAGAAGUUUUUACCACUGCUCGUGAUCAGACAGUUCAAGGCAUUCCCCAUUCAUUUGGUGUAGAAGAAAUUCCACAUGCGAGGAUUGCUGCUGAGGCUGUACAUUUGGAUUUCAUUAGUAAAUGUGCAAAGUCGCUUGUCCCUCGGAAACAACAGAACAUUCUACGCCUUUUUGAUGGGCUUGAGAAAGAGAAAAGCAGCGAUGAUAGCCUAAUUAAAACUGCUCGAGCAAACCUACCUGCCAUCAAAGGAUUAUAUCUGGAUGAACGGCCGGACUCCAGUGGUAUUUCGACUUACAAAUUUGCUUCUGACAUUAACCCUCUUGAACAAAGUUGUUGGAUGCUUUCCCCUAUCAGGAAAGUUCUUGACGUAUGUGAGAAAGACGGGAACGUUUCUGCAGAGGAUGUUGUGGUCGUUCGUAUAGCCUUGCUUUGGACUGUUUUGUUAAUGAGCGAAAGGCCUUCACUCUUUCAAGCUUUUACGUCUCCCCGUGAUACAUAUGUACGAAUAUCUGAGAUUUUUUUGAUUGGUUCUGAAGUUUUUAUGGAUGACUGUGUCCGAAGUUGUGUGGACCGUAUCCUGCAACGAUAUAUAGUUCCUAAAGCUCUUGAUCGUCUGUUAUCAUUCCAACUGGCUGACCAAGUUGCUGGGUUGGAUGCAUUUUUACCUUUUUAUGAGGACUUAAUUAAACAUUACGAGGAAGAUGGAAUGGGUGAUGAGCUAUUUUCUCAAAUUUUGUUAUUCGCUGCUUAUAUGAACUCGAAUGUGAAAGAUGGUUUGAUGAUGAAAUGUGCUCUGUGGACACCCCAGAGGCAGUUGAGCCGGAUGAUGAUCAUUGGCUGUAAGGACGGGGCUGCUAUAUUAAAAUAUCUGAAAGAAACGCGUGACGAUGAUGCUGAAGAACUAGAGACCGAUUGCUACGCACAGUAUUCUCAGUUACUGGCUAUGUACGCCAAGGCUAUCAGAGAAGACUUUGUUACUAGAGAACGUAAUCCGCUCAUGUAUGAGAUAGCAGCAACAGAUCUUGGAUUCUUCGUCAGCCGACACGAACAGAGAAUCAGAGGCUUACCAUCGAAUGAAGGAACUCGACGCGUUCGUCGACAUUCUUCGUCAGUCACUUGUUGGGAAACUCCAGUUAUAAUUAGAUUUAUAUAG